UGUGAAGACUCAGAGCUCAGAGUCUUCACACGACGACGACGACGACACCUGCUGCAGGUUCACACACUCUGUGAACCUCACACAUCACCAUCAUCAUCAUCAUCAGACAUGAGAUGCGUCUCCAAAGACCAAGUGCUGCAAACAUAGUGUGUGUGGAAUCAUGAUCAGCCGUAGCUUUAAGAACGUGUUGGUGGUAUCCAUCGGUUUUCUGUUCCUGUUCACAGCGUAUGGAGGUCUGCAGAGUUUACAGAGCAGUCUGAACGCGGAGGAGGGGAUGGGCGUGGCCUCUCUGAGCACCAUCUACGCCUCCAUCAUCGUCUCCUCCAUGUUCCUGCCGCACAUCAUGAUCAAAAACCUGGGCUGUAAAUGGACCAUCGUGGUCAGCAUGGCCUGCUACAUCUCCUACUCCUUUGGAAACCUUUACCCAGGAUGGUACACCCUCAUCCCCACCUCGGUGGUCUUGGGUCUGGGUGGCGCCCCCCUGUGGUCAGCCAAAUGCACCUACCUGACCAUAUCCGGUAACGUCUACGCGGCCAGUGAGGGCAAAAAGGGCCCCGACGUCAUCAACCAGUACUUCGGCGUCUUCUUCUUCAUCUUUCAGUCGUCUGGGGUUUGGGGAAACCUCAUGUCAUCGCUCAUCUUCGGACAGGACACAAAUAUUGCAAACAUCACAGAGGAGCAGCUUCAGUUUUGUGGAGCUGCCGAAUGCAGUCUGAACCUCAACGUCAGCGGCACCAGCAACAAACCUGCACAGAAGCUGGUGUUGACGCUCGUCGGCUGCUACAUCGGUGUCGGCGUGCUGGCCAUGCUCAUCGUCGCCGUGUUCCUGGACAACAUUGACCGCGAACAGGCCAGUGAGUUCCGCGGGAGCCGCGAGCCGCUCUGUCACACGUUCCUGGCCACGUUUCGGCUCCUGAAGGACUGGAGGCUCCUGGUGCUCAUCCCUCUGACGCUCUACAGCGGCUUUGAGCAGAGCUUCCUCUCAGGAGAGUUCACCAAGAACUAUGUGACGUGUGCGCUGGGGAUCCACUAUGUCGGCUUUGUCAUGAUGUGUUUCGCGGCCACCAACUCUCUGUGCUCGUUCCUCUUCGGCAGAUUGGCCCAAUACGUCGGCAGAGCGACGCUUUUCGUCCUGGCGGCGGUCACCAACUUCUCCUGCAUCAUCGCCCUCCUGCUCUGGAGGCCCGACCCUGAGCAGCUGCCCGUCUUCUUCGUGUUUCCCGCUCUGUGGGGAAUGGCGGACGCAGUCUGGCAAACACAGACCAACGCAAUUUACGGGAUCCUCUUCUCACAGGACAAGGAGGCUGCGUUCGCCAACUACCGCAUGUGGGAGUCUCUGGGCGCCGUGAUCGCCUUCGCCUACAGCACGUUCAUCUGUCUGGAGUAUAAACUCUACAUCCUGCUGGCCGUUCUGCUGCUCACCAUGGUCACGUACCCCAUCGUGGAGUAUCAUGAGUACAAGAAUCCCACGCCGUGUGUCCAACAGAGCGACUACAUCAGUCACAAGAAGACAAAUAAAAAAGACAACGGCGGGAUUAUUGCCCAAACGCUAAUGUAGAGACAAAGUGUUUACAUUUUUCUGAUUCUGCCACUUUACUGUAAAUCAGGUAUUCAGAACAAGCAAUGAAAGAAGACUUUAAUGUAGGAAAACUUGUAUAUUUUGACUCUUUACUGGUGUUAUCAAUUUUUCAACACAACACAAAUUCAGGCCGAUUUUCAAGCGAUUUGUUCGUGACUGACAGAUUUUCAGUGUUAUUUUAUUUUUUCUAUUUUCCUGCCUGGUCUGACACCUCUGAUGAUGUGCUCCUGGACACCAAUGGGAUACAGGGUUCACACAGGUCGUUUUGGGUUUUUUAAAUUUGGUGAAGCGACUCUCAUAAGUUGCCCUCCCAUCUCAAACUGUCUCAGCACAUUCGGCCCUUGAAUUUGGUUGGAUUUGGUCCUGGAAAGUCCUUGAAUUUGAUGUCAACCAAGGUGUGGGAACCUUAGGGAUAACAGAGUGCUCUGAGACGGCGUAACAUAGAGAACCAACAGUACCUCUAGCUUUUUUUGACGACCACAACAAAGUCCGCCAGCAUCACUCACAGCGCUUUAGUAGCCGCGAUUACCGACUCCUUGCCCCGCCUCCCAAAGGACCUAUGAACUUGUAGUGAAUGAUGACGUGUCUGGGGGUCACACCUGUAGUGUUGCCAGUCCCCCGAAACAGGACACAGCAAGAAUCCACUGUGUCAAUGUUAGAUUAAUAAUCUGACACGGUGACCAUUGUGAAAGACAAAAAUAAUUGAGGUGUAUCUCCUACUGAGGGCAGUGUUUGAGUCCAGGUGAACAUUUAUACCAUAUUUUAAAAUACAGAAUUUUCUGCCUAAAAGUGGGUGGGGUGGCUAAGUGGUUUAGACCGGUACCCCUGUGUGCAGAGACAUCAUGGUCACAAGUUCAACUCCACCCCUGGCAGGUUGUACUCAAUUCCCUUGUAAGUUGCUUUGGAUAAAAGCGUCUGCUAAAUGACACGACACGACACGUUCUUUUAGGCCGUUUGAACACCAAGUUGUAAUAAGUUAAUCUUUUUUCUUUUUUUUUUAUUCCAAGUUCGUAGUAAAUGAAAAACAGAGAAAUAAAAAUAAUUCAACAGCA